AUGGCAGCAGCACAUCCGGAAGGCGAAGUGUAUUUCCAGCGAUCAAGCCUACGAUUUGCCAACCAUCUCACCUUUUUCGAUGCCAACAAUGCGAAUCAUUUUUAUUCUCACUUUCUAAUUGAAUGGGUUAGCAAUGUGGCCAUGGCUCGACAGGUCCGCGAUCUUCCCCAGCCCAAUCAUGAAGGCCCUCGAUCUCAGUAUCUGCGUGAGAGGCCAUCCGGGGUACCCAGGACCUGGUAUGGAUUCUGGAGCCAUCUUCCGGUGAGCUAUGGCCGGAACAACAAUAUCAGCCGCUGGGCUCAGAUCCCACUGGAGACGAACCCAGCCGAAUUCAGGGAUAGCUACAACGGAGGGGCGCAGAAGGUCCGGGUGCAUCCUUGUCCUCUGCCAACCACAGCAGAGCAGUGGAUCUGGCUUGACCUCGUCACGCCCAUCCGAGCCAUCUACUUUCCAUUGUCCCAGCAAGCCGACCAGGACUUUCCCCAACUCUGCACCUACGUCCAGAUUAACUUCUACCAUCAGGGACGGCGAGAUAUUUGGCGUCCAAGAAUAAACCAAUUUCUUGGCCACGACUUCACCCCGGAGCUUGGAGUAGGCUUUGCGUGGGGCCACAGUCUAGGAAUCGACGUGCAGGAAUGCAUCAAGCUGCUCGCCCUAACGCCGAGGCUGCGAGUGACAAAUAUCUGGCGAGAAAAGCUCAUUGUCAUACGAGAAGUGGGUGACAUCGCCACGGGACAUUUAGCCCAACAAGUGCGCCCCAACCUGAGUUUUGACUUCCUUGAUUUCAUCAACGCAAAUUUCGCGGUGGAUGUAAUCUGGAAGCCGGUGCCGCCCCGAAGUUCGUUUCUUCUCAACCUGAUCGAGACCGUUGUCUCCGCAGGGUUGGGUCUUGUGCCGGGCGUCGGGCCCCUGUUAUCGGCGGGAUUCUCGGUGGCAUGGAUGGCCAUCACUGACCCGGAGGGCUUCCAGGAGUGGGCGACGAAUGGCGGUUGGGCUCUGACAUGGAUUGAGAUGGUUAUUGGUAGUGCAGACUCCAUGAAUAAUUAUGUGGACCCGAACUGGCGAGGUAGCCGCCGGCUGCUCAUGGCCACGGAGGAGACAGUGGACGAUAAGGAGGGCCAAGAGAUCCAGGACGCCGACUUGGAGCACAUUGGCCCGUCGGACCUUCUGCUCUACGGUCUUCGUAUUAUGGCCCACUCGGCAAAGGGUACCAAACCGCCCCUGGAUGACCACCUGCAUACCGAGAUACUGCAACGCGCUGUCGAAUGUAGGAAUAUGAGUCUUGCCGAGGCGGUUAUGAUCGAGCAAGGACUGAAAGCGGCACCUGAGUCCCCCGAACCAGAGGAAUUGGACGAUUCAGAGUAG